AUGAACUCCAAGACACUCAUUAGCGUGCUGGCUUGUCUCAGCGUCGGUGUUUCUGCCGGACCUUGCAAGCCAGUUACUUCUCAUGCUACUCAAGUCACUUCCGCAACGACUGAACUCUCUACGUCGAUUGACGUGACCACCACCAUUUCUGCAUCCGAAGCCGCUUCUACCACCGAGUUGAGCUCUCAGGCAACUGAGGCCUCUACUACUGAGGACUCUACGACUGAGAUCGCAACGACAACUACCGUUGCUGAUGCCACCACCAAGGCCGCUACCACUACCACCGAGGAAGCAACAACAACGACUGGUGCGGCACAAUGCCCUACGCCCUCGGCUUGCAACAACCUUGGCUUUGACUGGGCAUACUACAGCAACCCUGCUCAAAACACCGACACGACCUACUCCAACUUCGUCCCCCAGUCCUUCAAGCUAGCCACUCCCAGUUAUAUCGGCACGACCCGCCAGAUCGGUGGCCUCUUCCAGCCCAGCAGCGGCGCCCAAGCAGGUCCAAUCUACGGCUCUACAACCGAUCUUGCUCUCGAUUACUUCGCCCUAAACCAUCAUGGUUAUCUCUACAGUUGCGAUGCCGGUACCUACAAGUUCGAUAUCCCAUACGCCAACGAUGCAGUGUACCUUUGGAUCGGUCAAUACGCGUACGCUAGCUGGAGCUCCAACAAUGCCAAUGCCAAGGCUCUGUAUAACCAGCCUGAUCACAUUGCUGGUAGCGCACACUUUGAGAUUGAUCUCCCCGCUGGCCAAUACAUUCCCAUCCGAUUUGUUUAUGGUCAGGCUCAGUAUGGCGGUGGCUUUACCUUCACGGUUGCAGCGCCUAAUGGACAGGUUCUCGUCGGUAAUGACGUUACUGCCAGCCCAUACAUUGUUCGCAACUCUUGUGAUGGCAUUCUGGCACCGGCUUAUUUACCUUUCGGCCAGGAGUUUUAA